AUGUCAUCUAAUAUCAUGCACACAUUCAUCGAGAGUCAGAGGAUUGAGCUUUGUGCAUGGAGGAUGCCUGUCGGCUCGGACACUAUGGAAACAGGUAUAGAAAGAGUCCACCCUGGACCAAUAGCGUUUAUAUAUGCUAUCAUGCUGCUAGCGUGCGGCCUCACCUCGGUCCUCUUCAACAUCCCAAACCCAAUACACAGAUCGCACCCGCCACGGAAAGAGUCUUCUCCAAAGAUCCAACACAAGUAUAGCCUCAUCGAUGACGCCAAGGAUCAGCGCCCUUGCAACGAUGAGCAGUUUCCCCUGCCAAAUGACGCCGUAGUAGGACUCAUCGAGAAGACAGGCAGAAUAUAG